CAAAAUAUGAAGAAAUCCGAAAUUUCGCGACUGUCAUCUCAUUCUUAGUAUUUACAGGAAUGACUCUUAUUACUGCUAUUUUCUGGUACUUGUUUCAAUGUACAUUGCUAUUAAUAUCCGAUUGUUUAUUUUUUGUAGUUAUUCUUUUACAUUUGAUUGGCGUGGCAGCUGUAGUAUAAACCCCACCUUGACACUAAAACUCAGCAAAACAUACUACACGCUAAACACAAUAAACACAGCGCGCGCACAGCAAACCAUUGGAAACAAAAUCUCAUAUGUACUUUUCUUCAAAUUUAAGCACUAAAAUAUCUCCAGAGAGAAUCUUUGUUCACAAGAACCUCCUGUUCACACUGGCUCUCGGACAUCUGGUGUAUGUGUUUGAUCUGAAGCUCUUCACAUCGAAAAGUGAACAUGCUAUCAUUUGCAGCACCAUUACAGCCAUCAAGCAUUAUCUCAGUACAGCUCUGUGUAUGUGGAUGCUGUUAGAAGGAAUUAACCUUUACAUGAAGGUGGUAAAAGUCUUCACAAUUGGUAUUGAACGGCAAUAUCUGGCCUAUAUCUUGGUUGGAUGGGGAAUACCCGCAGUUAUUGUUGGUCUUGUAGCAGCAAUCAACCCUUUUACUUAUGACAUGAGCGUAUUGUUGCAAGAAGACAUUCAAUGCGGUUCACUCCAAUUUACAUUGACUUUUGACAGAGACAGGUCGGUUAUUUACACUUUGAAUUUCAUUGAUAAUGCUGGCUUGAUAUUCGGGGCUACAUUCAAAAUCAGUCCCUGCUGGGGCACAAGGAAUGGUGUUUGGGAAGGGGAAACUCCCCUUGGGAUUUCAAUUCAGUAAAAGAGCAGAAAUCAAAGUUCUUUGUGUUUAAGAUAGCCCUCAUUUUCCACGCGGUAAAUGCAUUGAUGUUAACUUUAAAUUAAAAUUACACGGGUGUGUAAGCGGUAUAAAUUAUGUAGUGUUGCUUAUGGGAAGGGAAGAGGAAUUUUGGUUCAACCAGCAUGUCAAGAUGUUGUUAGAUUGAUAAUACCUAAUGAAGUGAAGAAACAGUGGGCAUAUCAAGAUCUUGGCGUUUGAUGUGUG